AUGACCGAGUUAAUACCAGGUUUGCCUGAAGAAAUAGCGCUUGAAUGCCUCAUUCGGCUUCACUACUCCACUCACCGAGUGGCAUCCCAGGUUUGCAAACACUGGCGCUCAAUUAUUCAAAGCAGAGAUUUUUACUAUCAGAGAAAGCAAAACGGGCUCGCCCACAAAGCUGCUUGCUUAAUCCAAGCUAUCCUGGACCAAACCGUUUCGAACCAACGUAAACCGGCUGGACCACCCAAAUAUGGAGUUUCUAUAUUUGACUCUGUUAAUGGGUCAUGGGACAGGGUUGAUCCGGUUCCUGAGUACCCAGAUGGGCUUCCUUUGUUCUGCCAAGUCACAAGCUCGGAGGGCAAGCUCGUCGUCUUGGGUGGAUGGGACCCAGUGAAGUAUGAGCCACUGAGUCAGGUUUUUGUUUACGAAUUCACCACUCGCCAAUGGAGGCGAGGCAAGGACAUGCCUGAAAAUCGUUCCUUUUUCGCUGUAGGUGAGUUGAACGGCGGAAUUAUAAUCGCUGGCGGCCACGACGAGAACAAGAACGCUUUGAAAACAGCCUGGGUCUAUGAAGUGACUCAGGACGUGUGGACUGAAUUACCUCAGAUGAGUCAGGAGCGAGACGAGUGCGAGGGAGUUGUGAUUGGCUCCGAGUUCUGGGUAGUGAGUGGAUACAGAACCGACAAUCAAGGUGGGUUUGAGGGAAGCGCGGAGUCAAUUGAACUCGGAGCAAGUAAGUGGAAGCGAGUUGAGGACUCGUGGAAAGUCACCCAGUGCCCAAGGUCCUCCCUUGGAGUGGACAAAGAUGAGCAACUGUUCAGCUGGGCCGAGUCUGAGUCGGCAGUGAAAGUCGGGGCUUGUGGUGUUCAGCUAGGUGAAAGGACAUUUGUGUCAGGAUCAGCUUAUGAAGGUGGGGCAAAAGGGUUCUUUGUUGUGGAUGGACAAAGUGGUAAAUGGGAGCAGUUAGAUGUGCCAGGUGAAUUUUGUGGAUUUGUUCAGUCUGGUUGCUGUGUGGAAAUAUAG